AUGAAGUACGCAGCAGGCGGCCGGUACUCGGUGUUCCCGUCUGGCGAGCUGCACAUCCGCCACGUGACGCAGGCGGACGGCGCGCUGGCCUACCGCUGCGAGACCAGCCACCUGCUCACCGGGGAGCUGCGCCUCAGCGCCGCCGCCGGCAGACUGCUGGUGACGUCACCGCAGAGCUCGGUGCCGCCGCGCAUCACGGACUCCCGCAGCCACGUGCAGGCGCGCUACAGGCAGCCCGUGGAGCUGCCGUGCGCCGCCCAGGGAUUCCCGCUGCCCACGUACACGGCCGAGUUUCGUAACUCGGUGUCUCCGUCUGAACUAGACUUCACUUAUGAGCCAGUGCACGCGUGCAGUGCCCGGGCUGGAGGCAGCCACAGCACAGCAGUGGCGCGCGCCCCUUCCCGGCCAGCCACGGGGGUGGGUGCGGGGCUGAGAGCAGAGCAGAGCGGCAGAGUGCGGCGAAAAGUGGAUCCCAAUGACGUCUUGGGAAUUGUGGACUUGCGGUACGGCUGGGCCACGGCACUACCGAGACACGGACGCGUGACUCUCGCCGCAGCGGACGGUGAACAGUGGUACCGCAGCGCGGAGGGUCGCAGCCAGCCGGUGUUCCAGGGGGGCGGCAGCCGCGUGCGGCAGGUGGGCGGCAGCCUCUACGUGACCGGCGCGCUGCUGCAGGACUCGGGUCGCUACGUCUGCGUCGUCAACAACUCGGUGGGCGUCGAGCGCGCCUCCACGUCGCUGCUCGUCACCACGCCGCUGUCGGCGUACACGGUUCCGCAGCAGCAGACGGUGGACGUGGGGCGGCCCGCGCAGCUCAACUGCUCCACCGCCGGCCACCCCCAGCUGGCCGUCUCCUGGCUCAAGGACGGCCGGCCGCUGCGCACCUCGGCCAGGGUGGCGCUGCUCUCGCCGCAGACUCUCCUUAUAGAACGCGUGGAGAGGUCAGAUCGGGGGAUGUACCAGUGCGUGGUGUCCAACAACGAGGAGACGGCCCAGGGCACGGCGGAGAUCAGGCUGGGAGACUCGUCGCCGGCGCUGUUGUCUGGGUUCAGCGGGGCGACGCUGCAGCCGGGCGCCGCCUGGUCGGCCGAGUGCGAGGCGGCCGGCUCCCCGCUGCCCUCCGUGUCGUGGCUGCUGGACGGGCAGCCGCUGCGAUCCUCCGCCGUUCCCGGGGAGCGCAGAGUCGAGGUGACGGUGCAGGCUGGCGGCGUUUCGGUGAGGGGACGGCUGUCGCUGUCAGGAGUGCGGACGACGGACGCGGGGGUGUACGAGUGCGUGGCCAGCAACGCGGCGGGGGAGGCGCGCCACGCGGCCCCCCUGCACGUGCUGGGCCCGCCACACGUGCGGCCCAUGCGCGACGCGAGGCUGGUCGCCAGGGAGGACGCCGCGUUCCACUGCCGCGUCACCGGCUACCCCAUCAGCGAGAUCCACUGGGAGAGGGAAGUUGUCUCGCUUCUGAGGCCGGCUGCAGCGGCAAAACUGGAGUGGCGUGCAGCGCGCAACCGGUUCACCAGCGCCAGCUCGCGGCGUGCAGUCCCAUCACGUGACGCCAGCGCGCAGCAGCGGCGUCACGGGCCAGUGGGCACGCUGUGCGGCCGGCUGCUGGCAGCUGCGGGAAGCGGGCGAAUUCAUGCAGAGUAA